CUGUUUGAACAUUUCCAUCCAAAGUCAACCGAGUGAUGUAUUUUUGGAAUAUUUUAUGCAAUUUUUAACACAAAAUACGUCCAGGUGUCUUUUUCGCCUAUGAACAAUGGACGAUACGCUAGCAGUAGAUUCCAUAACAAUGUCUCUUCCGUGCGAACUCCUGAGAGGCUGUUUAAAGUCUUCAGGAGAGAUAGAGGAAUGGGAGGGACAUUCUAUUGAUGGAACAGACAAAAUGUAUAUUAGAACUAACAUGAAGACUCAGGACAACACAAUCACUUUUACCAUGAGUGGUAUAAGCGUUAUCUAUGCCAAACGUUCUAUCAGGUUCGCCAUUAGUGAAGCAAAAAAGGUAGAAUGUUUUUCUGAAGGACUGGGGAAAAAGCAAAAAGACGUUGAAAAAUGCACAGAAUUGAUGAAAGACGGUCAUGAAGUUGACGAUGGUAAACUUAACAAUGAAAUUAUACUUAAAACCGAAAGUGUCUCAUCUGAACAGGGCACAGAUGACUUGACGUGUCCAACUGAAAAUAUGCACAAGAAUCUUCCUUCAAGCUCAGGUCAUGACAGUCAGGUAACAAUGACACCCCUAAACCUUCCAGAAAUAGAAGCAGAAAAACCUAAGCCAAAGAAAAGAGGAAGGAAACCAAAGAGAAAGAUUUCAGAAGUUGUGAAUGAAGAGAAAGGGAAUUCCAUCAUCUUACCAGGUUUUCAACACCCUCAUGAAACUGAAUUAGGAAAGAAAAGAUAUGGUUUAAGAGGUGUUAAACUUUCUUCGGCUGUUAUGGAAGCUGUUCGUGGAAAGAUAAACAUUGAAGACGAAGAUGAUGAUGAUGAUCUGGAAGAAGAGGAUGAUUCUGAAGAUUAUGUUGCGUUCAAGGGAGACAACUCAGAGGCAACAGUUGUUGAAAAUAUUCAGGGUGAUUCCUUAGACCUCGCCCAUGAAACAAAAAAUGGUGAGGUCCAGACUGUUGAUGGGACAGAACAGGCCUCAGAUGUUGAAAAUAGUAAACUAAAAUGUCAAACUCCAAGACAUUUGAUCUACAGACAAAAGAAAAAGUCAAACCUUCGUGGAUCCUUGAAAAUGCUUAAGAAAUUCAAAGAUUCCUGUUUAGCUAAAGAGAAAAGUGUUGAGAGAAAGAAAAUCCUUGCUGCAAUGGGAAAUGUAUAUUCUAAGGAACGCCGAAAAAGGAAUGUGCAAAAAACAGCUGUGUGCAAAUACUGUGGAAAACGAUUUUGUGAUUUCACUGGUGUUGAUACUCACGUUAAAAAAUUCCACAUGAAUGAAAAAGAUAUUGAGGAAUACUUACAAGAACUUGUACCACUGAAACAAGUUACUUGCUCCACCUGCAAUGUGACAUUUGCCAAUCGUUCCCAGUUCCAGAUUCACGAGGACAGGGAGCAUUCCCAGACAAUGUCGCAGUGUACAAUUUGUGGUAAAGUAUUUAAGAAUCUCCAGUUUCUCCGGAACCACAUCCGAAUGAUACAUCUGAAUGAUGAAAGUCAUUUAUGUCAUCUAUGUUCAUCCGUGUUCAAGCAAGCCAUCACACUGAAACAACACAUCGAAGAAGUUCAUGAACAGAAACGUAACGUGACUUGUAAAGAAUGUGGGAAAAUGUUCUACCGACAAGCCCAGUUGAACCGACAUUCUCGGAUACAUGAUAUUAAUGGUAAGAAGAUAGUUUGUCAAGUGUGCGGAAAACAAUUCAACUUCGAAUGCAAUUUUCAAAGACAUGUGCGAGUGGUCCAUGCUCCUAGAACUGAAAAGUUCCACUGUUCCUAUUGUGGCAAGGGAUUUAACCAGAAAGGUACAAUGCAUGCACAUGUGCUUAAGAUUCAUUUCAAUUUGUACCCAUUUACAUGUUCAAUAUGUCAAGUGAAAUUCAUGCGUUCCAAGCAGCUCGAAGAACACAUGGCCCAUGUACAUAACGAUGUCGAUUUCAAAGUUGUAAAUCCAAGAGAGAAGUCUUGCAAAUACAACAAGCCAAAUGAGGAGUUAUUUAGUUGCCCAUAUUGUCAGGAUUGUUUUUGUUACAAAGCUCAGCUUGUGGAACAUGUGCAGACAUCUCAUUCUAACAUAUUUCCUUACCAGUGUGAAUAUUGCAAACAUGGAUUUUUUGAGAAGGUAUUUCUUGCUCGACAUCUGGCAAAGGCACAUGAUAUGGUACCGGAAACUAGUGAUCUGCAGCUUGUUGAAGUACAUUCAACUGACAAACAAAUGACUGUUAUUCCUGUCAAUCAAGCAGUUAACGUGAUUGAUAUUGACAAGAAAAGUUCUGACAUCAACAAUGAUUUACAGGAUGCUGUUCUCACGGUCGUUCCAUCAGAGCAUGGUAACAUUGAAAUUGAUGCUGUCUCUCAAGAGGAAGACAUUUCAACAGCCGCCUCGGUGUUAGUGGAGAUUUCAAAUGAAGACAACACUAUACAUUACGUGAUUCAGGGUGGCGAGAACAUUGAUAUGGAGUCAUCUAAUGCUGUUGUGCAUGACAUUGCCAGUCUACUGUUGGCAGCUGAGCAAUCCUUGCAAGAAAACUCAGGCUCUGUUACUUUGACAACUGUUGACGGUUCUAAUGCUGUUGCUAUGGAAACAAGCAAUGCUAUGGAUGCAGAAACUCCUAGUGUUAUUACCAUUACAAACAGUGCCAACGAGGAGAUGGGAUUGGAUGCUCCUGAGGAUGCUUGUAAGCAAGUUGAAAUGGACAACAAUAUGGGAGAAAUUACUGUUAUUAUGAAGGAGUGAAUGUAACCACUGGUGACUGUUGUCAUGGUGACAGUUUGCAAGAAUGCUAAGACUUUCAUACAGUGUUAGUUCAUUUGUAGAUCAUGAUUUUACACUGAUACUAAUGUUAGAAGUAGUAUUUAUUCUCAACCUUUUGCUAAUUUAAGUUUUGUCUCUGGGAACCAAUGGCAGUGGGGUAGCCUAGUGGUUAAAGCGUUGGCUCGUCAUGCCGAAGACCCGGGUUCGAUUCCCACAUGGGUUCAAAGUGUGAAGCCUAUUUCUGGUGUCCCCUGCCACGUUAUUGCUAGAAUUAUGCUAAAAGCAGCAUAAAACUAAACUCACUCACCCAUUCACUCAGGGAACCAAAAGACUCUGUCUUGAAAGAGCUCGCAUGUAAUUAUGUUAAGAAGCAUAUAUGCGUCAGUAUUUCUUAUACUCUUUUGUCAGUGAUAUGAUCUAUGACUUGCAGCAUUUAGAACUGUUCGUAUGGGUUACUUCAGCUGAAGGAGUCGGUGUCAGUACAGGUACUACAGAUAUGUACCCUAGGUACGUUUCUGUGUACAGAAAUAUACCCUAGACAAAGUUAACAUACAGAACGUACCUGGUAGCUUAAACGACAGACAAGUCCAUAUUUUACAGCCCAAAGCCGAAAACAUAUGUAGUUUUCUGUCAGCUGAUUGCAUCGUGAAUCAUUUGUUACAGUGUAUGUUUCAUAUGAAACACAAUCGAAUGCAUUUGAAUUUAAUAUGACAGUUCUGAUCAAGAAAACAGCACAAUUCGUAAUGGAAUAGUCCUUAGGUACAUGUCUAUAUUCUGUCUUUGGCUAGGCUAUGUUUCUGUAAUAUAUAGAAACAUACUUUGGGUACAUGUCUGUAAAACCCUUAUGCUCUUGAUCCCUGGAUUGUCUGGUCCAGACUCGUUUAUUUACAGACCGCCACCAUAUAGCUGAAAUAUUGCUAUAUGGUGUUGCAUAAAACUAAACUCACUCACUCACUCACGCACUGUAAAACCCAUGCUGACAAAGACCCCUUCAGCGUUACUUCAGGAAUCUUUGGAAGAGCUUAGCAUAUGUCAAAUACUCUAUUAAUGAGUCCUUUUGACUAUGCAAUACUCUGGCAUGUUGUCCUCAUGUAUAAAAACAUAUGCAACUUUAUUUAGCAUUAAACACUGAUACAUUA